AAGAAUAGGAUCGUGGAACGUUUGGGGACACUGAAUGGAUCAUGGUGUUCUUUUUUUCGGAUGACAGCUAGGCGCCAUUGGCUCCAUUUUAACAUCCUGAUCAUCAUCAUCAUCAUCAGUGGUAUGACUAUGAGGAUACACGAGAAUGUGAUAUAAGACGUCGAGACCCCUCCUACGUUUCUGAAGCUGAUUGGACUCGCGCAGAUACACAGCUAUGAUUUAAUAAACAGAUAAGUGUACACAUCACUCUGUCCUCGUGGAUCUCGUCGUUGCACUGCAGGAGCUUUCCGUAUCAUCGUUUCGCUCUCACCACUAAGCAUCUGCACCCGGGCGCGCGCACGGUCUUCUCCAGCUGUCUCUAACAUAAUAUUCCAAUUCGAAUAUUACCACGUCGGAAAACAGCUUGUCUAGGCUACAGGUGGUGUUAAGAAGAUGAAAAACGGAUUGUUACUGGUGACUCUGUUCCUCGUCAUGAAACUCCGCUCAAGCCAGUCCAGCUGCGAGGAGCCUGCUGCUGGGGCACACAGAUCAACUGCUGACUCAGAGGAUACUCCAGGUCUUGAAAAGCUCAAGCGGUCCAUUCUGAAGAGAUAUAACGACCUGGAUUACGACAGCUUCGUUGGGCUGAUGGGGAGAAGGGGCGCUGAUAUUUAUGACCUACCUCCCUCUCCGCAUAAAAGAGAGAUGGAUGAUGUCUUUGUUGGGCUUAUGGGCAGAAGAAACUUGGAACAAGGUAACAUGCGUCCUUUGAGAAAGGAGGCAUACCCUGAGACAAGAAGAGGAGGCUUAUUCUUCAAUAAGUGCAGACUGAGGUUUCGGCGUGGGCUGUAGACAAGACAGUCAUCCAGAACCCAUCCCUAACAUCCAGCCAAGGCAAAACCCCUUUUCAGAAGAUUGGAGUUAUUAUUAUACAACACAGAAAAAGACAACUAUUUAUUUUACAAAACAAAAGUAUUUUGCGAAAACAUCUAUGGAAUUUAAACUGACCAAAAUCAACCUGCUACUGUAACAUGUGCCCUGAUGGGUUGUCAUAGUAACUAAUUGCUAUAUAAUGUAUUAUCUGAAAGAUAUCCGUAACAGUCCCAUCUGAUAAGAUCUAUUUCUUUACCAUAUGUUUGUGAUUCAAAUGAAAUAAAUAAUAAAAUGUGGCAACAAUA